UCAUCAUCGACUCACUCUUCCAUUGUUUCCGACCUAGAAUUUUUUUUUUUUUUUUUUUUUUUUUUUUUUUGGAUUCCAGUAUGGCGCCGUUGCAGUUUGCUCCGUUCUCCAGCGCAGUGGACGCGUCGUUCUGGCACAUGCUGAGCCGCCAGAAGCUCGACGUCUACAAGCUGAGCGACGAGCCGCACCCAGUCCUCGGCUACUACACCAUGGGCGAGCAUCCCGACAUGCCAGCCCGCGUCUGCGUCAACCAAGCCGCGUUCGCCCCAGAGUCCGCCGCCGCGUCGUCGUCGCCGUCGUCGUCGUCGGCCAAGGCAGCCGCUCCGACCGACCUCGAGGCGUUCUUUGCCCAACUCGCAAGUGCUCAGGUUGCAUCGCUGCCAAUCCCGACGCAGAGCUUCCCUGCGCUGGGCACGCUGUUCAAUGCAAACACGGCAGAUGCAUUCAAAGAGUUUGACAAGAAGGCCAUGCUCGAGGAUAUGGCAAAGAAGAUGUGGGGCUGCAUCACAUCCGGAGCAGCCAUCAAGCACCCAGCCUUGCUCAAUCGCUUCCUGUUGCUCUGCUUUGCCGACUUGAAAAAGUACCACUUCUACUACUGGUUUGCCUUCCCUGCUCUGUAUGUUGGCGAGCUCGAGUCGGUGGCAGAGCCAGCUCCGUUGUUUGACACUUUUUCUGCGAGCCAGAUGGCUUCCUUCCAAGCCUCCCAUGCAGAGCUCUCGCGCACGCAUCCCGACCAAGCCGCAUUCUUCCUUGUCAGCAAGGUUUCCGAUGACAAGCUGCAGGCGCACGCGCUCGCGGACUGGGCGGCUGCAUUCCCUGCUGAAGCCACUGACGACAUUACCAUUGGCUUUGCCGACCCUUGCGCCCUGGCCAAGAAUCCCGGCUGGCCUCUGCGCAACCUCCUGUUGCUCCUGUCUCACUGGAAGGGCUACCUCAACCGCAACGUGCGCAUUAUCUGCUAUCGCGAGGUAUCUCGCGGAGGCGAGCUCGAUCUCAGCCAGAGCAUUGUUCUGACUGUCCGUCUGACGCCACUCUCAGCUCCGGACCUGGCUGAGGGUCCAAAGGUGGUUGGCUGGGAGAAGAAUGCCAAGCAAAAGCUCGGGCCUCGCAUUGUCGAUCUGAGCAGCAGCAUGGAUCCGACUCGCCUCGCAGAGACUGCUGUCGAUCUGAAUUUGAAACUCAUGCGAUGGCGCCUGCUCCCGUCCCUCGAGCUGGAAAAGAUCAGCUCCACAAAGUGCUUGCUGUUUGGUGCGGGCACCUUGGGCUGCAACGUGGCUCGAGCCCUGAUGGGCUGGGGUGUGCGCCACAUCACAUUUGUCGACAACAGCCGCGUUUCAUUUUCCAACCCCGUGCGGCAAACGCUCUUCCAGUUUGAGGACUGCCUUGAUGGUGGAAAGCCCAAGGCAGCUGCCGCAGCUGCCGCCUUGAAGCGCAUCUUCCCUUCAAUGGUCUCCGAGGGUCACAAUCUCUCCAUUCCAAUGCCAGGGCACUCGGUCGAAGGAGAGGAGCCCAUUCGCACAGCCAAGGAAACAGUCGCCAAGUUGGAGGCUCUGAUUGAUGAACACGACGUGAUCUUUUUGCUGAUGGAUACCAGAGAGUCGCGCUGGCUGCCAACGUUGCUGGCAGCAUCGCGCCAUAAGCUGGUCUUGAACACUGCUCUUGGCUUUGACACAUUCGUGGUCAUGCGCCAUGGCAUUGUGCCGUCCCCGGAUCAUCCUGCGACGCACAAGCAGCUUGGCUGCUAUUUCUGCAACGACGUCAUGGCGCCCUCGAAUUCUCUCAAGGAUCGCACCCUAGAUCAGCAGUGCACCGUGGCCCGCCCAGGCAUGUCCUUCCUCGCCGCAUCGCUCGCUGUUGAGCUGCUGGUCAGCUUGCUCCACCAUCCUCUCGGCGCAUCGGCACCUGCUGCGAGCACCACCGACCGUGCUUCGCACAACACCGAGCAAGUCUCCACGGAAUUGGGUCUGCUUCCUCAUCAGAUUCGCGGCUUCCUGUCGCAGUUCGACAAUGUUUUGCCGAUCGGCCAUGCUUUCAAUCGCUGCACUGCAUGCUCCAACACUGUCGUCGACGCAUACCGCAAGGAGGGCUUUUCCUUCCUCCAGAAGGCGUUCAACUCGCCCACGUUCCUGGAGGAGCUGACUGGCCUGAAAAAGCUGCACGAAGAGACGGAGGCUGCUCUUGCUGAUUGGGACGAAGACGACAUUGAGCCUGUUGACGACAACGACAUGUAAAUGUCAGUUUGGUCUCUUUCCCCCCCCCCCACCAGCGCCACCCUUUUUUGCUUGCUUACUUGCUUGCUUGCUUGUUGUGUCUAUCUUGCUGGUUGUUUGAUUGAAGUGAACUUGGGUAAAGCCGAACAAAUCAGACAACCCUG